GGUGGUGCGCGGCCGGCGCGGCGCUGUCGCAGCAUGGCGGGCGAGGGCGACUCUGAGCCGGAGAAGGUAAUGGAAAGCGGCGGGUGUUUCUCGCCUCCCUCUGCUCCGCUCUGCUGCCGGCUCUCGGCUCAGGCGCGCCCGGGGCCUGAGCGCUGAGGAAGCGGUUGUUGAGCGGGAUGUGGAGAGCGGUCACUGCGCGGUGCUCAGAGAAGGGAUCGGGGCAGAGCGGGAGCUGCCAUGCCGCUGGAGCUCUUGUAUCCCCAGCAGUUAGCAGUGGCUGGAGCCACUGCAGAUGAUUUCAGUACGGCAACAGUCCUUCAAACUUCUAGGAUUUCUUGAUGUUAAAAAUGUCCCGUGUGCACGAGAAUCAGUGCUGUAUGGCUCUCUGGGAUCUUUAGUCGUGGGUCUUGGACACUUUUUAGCAACUAGUAGAGUUAGAAGAUCUUGUGACUUUGCAGUCGGUGGCUUUAUUUGCACAAUGUUAGGAUACUGGUUUUACUGCAGGUACAAUUUAGCCCAGCAGAGAAUUCGGCAAAGAAUGCUUAAAGAAGGAAUGAGAAACAAAAUGUUAUUUGAAGGCAGUUCUUUUGAUCCAGAAAAGAAACAAACUGGCAAUGAAAGAAGCAAUUCAUAGCCCUACUACAGGGGAAUCUAUGUAUGCGGUGUAAUAGAAGGUGGUCCAAAAAUGGCAGUGUGCCCUGUAAGUAUGUGAGAUAACUGAAACUGAUAAAUCAUGUUGGUUUUCCUAGAAGAUUUAAGUGAGAAAUUCAGAGUGAGUCUGUUAAUUCUGUAUAUAAGCCUUUCUUUGUUUCAUGUAUGUGUGUAUGUGACUAUGUACACAGUUAGCAAUGACCUCCUUGUUUUUGACUUGUCAAACAUUUGGGAAUUGAUGCUGUGUUGCGCAGUCUUGGAGAAUUAAUGACAACAUUUGGGGGCUGCUUUAACUUAAAAACAAAGCAAAGUUGUAAUUUCAUCCCGUUUAAAUGCAAGAUAUUUUCAUCAGCUCUUCUGAGUAAAUGUGUCUUGCAGUGCUGCUGCUAAGUGUAGCAUUUGGAAAACAGGAAUAUUUAAGCAGUAGGUGAGUGCUUUGCUUGUGCAAAGUGGAAGGUAUAUCCGUAUCUUCUGUAACUUCAAAUAACUUACAGACACUGUGAAGCUGAAUUUCCAUCUUUGUUCUGUCUGUGCAGAAUUAAGAAUAAAAACACUUCAGGAGGAA